GAUUAUCAUGUGAUAUGUGCGACUUAUAAACGAAACGAAGCAAGGUUUUAUCGUUAUCUGCCCAUUGUCGAAAUGUCGCAACAAAUUGAGGCGCGGCAACGCUCGUACGUGCAUUAUUAUUGUCACUGUCCUGACGUGUCCAAGUCUACUACUACGGAAGAGGAAGAAGAGGAAGAAAUUGUAGAGUCUAUUCCUGACUUAGACAUUAAUUCUCCUCGCAUUCAUUUUUCCACUUUUCCUAUAUCAAAACUAUACUUUUGUGAUGAUUGCUAUCAAAUACGUUGCCCGAGAUGUGUACAAGAGGAAAUACUGGGGCUUAAAGAUAAUGAGAAAUGCGCGCGAAAUUGUUUUCAGUGUCCUAUAUGUCAAAAUACACUUUCGGUUGUAGCUUCUACUGAACCCCCACCUCCGCAAACCUCUCACCCUUCUAACCCCUCCUCUGCAGUGGCAAGUGGUGCUCCUUAUUAUCUUUCAUGUGGUGUUUGUCGUUGGGACUCUCAAGAAAUAGGGAUGACAUUUGAAAAGGCAACUGGAUUAGCAUUACAACUUCAAAAAACUGAGGACGAAAGACCUGAUGUGAAAGAAUUUGAUCAUCUUAAAGAUCAUUUUGAGAAGCAUUUACGUCUCAGUGCUCCAUCUACUACACUUCCAACUUCAUUAUUGUCGAUUCCAGGCAUAAGCAGUUUCAGCAAUCGAUAUGGUGGUAGUGGAUUAGCUCAUCCACAACAAAAGUCUGAUGAUGUUGCAAAAUAUGAUGCCAUUGUAAAAGUUGAGAGUGAUGAUAGUUUGGUUCAUGAUUUAGUUCAAUUGAAAGAUGUCAAUCAGAUUACCACAUUGACACAGAGAAUGAAUCAACUUAGUGACCAACCAUACAAAGUGGAGCGUCUUCAACCUCAACGUAUACAUCUUCGAACAAAACGCGUAAAACGAUGUCGCUCGUGUCGUCAUAUUCUUAUCAAACCUGAACAAAAAGCUCAAGCCACCAGAUUUAAAAUUAAACUUGUUGCCCUAAAUAGUAUUCCAAAAAUUACUAUAACAAGUUUGCCAAAACUUAUUCUCAACCAACAAACACAAAUCGUACUAAAGUUUUCUAACCCUUUAUAUGAAGAAAUCAUAGUUGAUUUGGCUUUAAAAGAUGAAACCACUGAAUAUGCCCAGAUUAAAUUACUUGCCCCACAUUUCAACAUAACUCCUUACAAUGAAGUUUGGGAAUAUGAACAAGACUUCAACAUUACUUCAAAAGGUCGUCCACUUUCAAUUACAAGUGCACCAAAAGUUGAUGUUGGUAUUUACGAAAGGCGUGGUAAUUAUACUAGUGUUGUAGUUGAUAUAACGCCAUUGGCUGAAGUCGACGAACUUAAGGUAACUUAUGUAAGCAAAAUUAACGAUAGUAAUGAUAAUGAAAGUUCUGUGACUACUGGAGAUGCAACAGCUGGUGACUCAUCAACUACUACUGAGACAACGCCAUCUGAUAAACAGAAUACUACUGAUAAGGAUGAUUCUACUUCAUCUACAUCAGCUACAAAAAGUUUGUCUUUUUGGACCGUUAUUGGAUUGGGACCUGUGCGCUAG